AUGGCAGGGAGUAUUCCAUUGAGCGCAUUCCAGGGGGCUACAGGCGCUUGUUACAGCGGCCCUCCGACUACAACUGCGCAUGUGUACUAUGGGUUCAAGCAGCCGGGGUACAAGGGAGCCCUCAAACAGGCUCAGAGAGCAGAGGGAAAGGCAGGAGCUCCUGCUGACGCUGCUGCUGAGGCAGCAAGUGGCGGAGAGGUGGGGGUAGGGGCAGGAGGGGAAGCGGCAGGGGCAGUGCCAGCAGUGGUGGUGCUGGCAUCAUCAGACGGAGUGAGGCUGGGAAGAGACGAGCUGGCGCGACUGGGGAUUGGGGAGGGGCCCAUUGGGGCGAUUGAAGAGGGGCCCAUGGGGGCCGUGGUGGAGGGGGCUGAUGGGGACGAGGGUGACGCUGGGAAAGGCGAAGCUGAGGCAGGUGCGGCGGCAGAGGAGGGAGAGAAAGCGGAAGGGGUGGUUGAGAGUGAGGUGGAGAAAGGGAAAGAGGAGGGUGGUGAUGAGAAGGAGGAGGUGAAGCAGGGAGAAAAGGACGCUGCGGCAGGUAGUGGGGAGGGGGAGGGACAAGCGGCAGGGAGGAGGGGAGAGCGAGGGGCGGAGGGAGCAGCACAGGAGGGCGUGCGCAGAGCACAGGUUGAGGGAGUGAGGGUGGCCCUGCAGGUGGAGUUCACUCUGCCCGCGUCAGGAUAUGCCACCAUGGCCAUCCGCGAGUUGCUUAAAGCCUCCACUGCUGCUGGCGUUCACAAGGUUUUUAACGAUAAGGAGGACGGCCGGGAGCAGCUCGCGAAGCAUCGCGACGAAGGAACGCCGACGAUCGCCGUCAAUGAAUGCGAAAGUGUCCCGCGUCGCGUAGCGUGGAGGGUCCUAUCCGCUGAUUUCCUAUCGCUGGAAACGUGGGGAACGAAGGAGUUUGUUGACGCACUCCUGUUAAUGGCUGAUGUAAACGCUUUCCGUUUGUGGAGUGGCAGAGGCUCAUGCACACAUUGCGGAAAAGUGAUACAUCAGGGGGGAGGCGCGGAUGCAUCAGGGGAGAGGCGCGGAUGCAAUGUGCAGGGGGGAGGCGCGGAUGCAACAGGGGAGAGGCGCGGGCGAGAGAAGAUGGCAUGGGAUGGCGCUUACCCCUUUGGUACUUCGGGCAACGGCCCCAGUGUAAGAGCAUCCGGUAACCCCCUUCCCUUGGGUACUUCGGGGUCAAUGGCCCAGCGUAAAAAAGAUGGCGCAGAGGGCAUGGGAGUAGCUGUGGAGCGAAGGAGCAGAGGAGGAAGGAGCGAAGGAGCUGCGGAUCAGAGGAGUAGACGAGAUGGCACAGAGGAGACGUGGAGUGAAGGAGAUGGCGCAGAGGAGAUGUGGAGUGAAGGAGAUGGCGCAGAGGAGAUGUGGAGUGAAGGAGAUGGCGCAGAGGAGAUGUGGAGUGAAGGAGAAUCCCCUGCCCCUGCCAGAAAGGAGGAAGGAGCAAAGGAGCUGCAGAACAGAGGAGCAGGGAGCAAGGAGCUAAGGAGUGAAGGAGAAGAGGAGGCAAAGGAGCAAGGAGCAGAGGAGAAGGAGCGAAGAUUCCCUGCCACUGCCAGUGGGACUUUGCUGCACGGGAGCGGAGUGUUGUGCGCUGCAGCAGGGGAGCAGAGGAGACGGCCUAUCAGCACUCCUACCUCUCUCCCCACUCACGGAGACGGCAGCUGCUACCUCACUGAGCACUGCAGAGCUGAGGGCGAUGGAGAGCGAAAGAGCACGGUGGUGGAUAAAUCUUCACUCCCAUCGUCGGUGCCAUGCUCUCACUGGCCUUGUGCCGGUCGAGGCAGAGGAGAAGGGGUUGCGAGGAGAAGGAGCAGCAGAGGAGAAGGAGCAGCAGAGGAGACAAAGGAGCAAAGGAGAAGCAGACGGAGUAGAGGCGCAAAGGAGAUGAGCAGAGGCGCAAAGGAGAUGGAUCGGAGGCGGAAAAGGCCUAUCAGCGCUCCUACCUCUCUCCCCACUCAUGGAGACGGCAGCUGCUACUUCGCUGAGGGUUGCAGAAUGGAUCUAGCGAAGGAGAAUAAGUCGCUCAAGGCCGAGCUAGAGAAAGUUCGAGCCGCUCUUGCGAAAUCAGAGAGCACGUGCUUGGCUCUGCAGAAGGACCUCGCUGGUAUCGACGACAGCUAUCAGAAACGCGCCAUGGAUAAUAUCCCUGACUCCAAUCUCAAAUCAGAGAUAAGCGGACCAAGGCAUCUUCAGCUGGAGACCGCUUUGGAGGCCACGCGGAAGGAGAAUUCCGAGCUGAAAGCUCAGCUAGAGGAGAAAGACAUGGAGCUGGCGCGAGUGAGGGAGACCGCCACGUGGCAGGAUAUGGAGAUGAGCAAGCUAAGAGGCAUGGUGAAAGAGCUGUCUCUUCCAGAUUCUGCACAGAAGAUGUCUGAAACAGAUCCCAAGGCGUUGGUGGUCGCCAAUGAGAAGAUUAAAGAGCUUGAGAACCGUGUGACGGAGCUGGCUUCAGCCAAAAAGAGGCCCAAGUUCUUGAAGUUUUUGUGCAUAUCCGCUUGA